CGGGGAGCGGAGCGGCGGCGGCUGCGCACGGCGGGGCCGCCAUGAGCGACGAGCGGCUGCGCCGGGUGCGCGACCGCGUCCGCUCCUUCCCGGACUUCCCGGAGCCCGGCGUGCUGUUCCGCGAUAUCAGCCCCUUGCUGAAGGAUCCUGUGGCCUUCAGGGCUUUGAUUGAUCUUCUGGAGGAUCAUGUGAGGGCAUCUUUCCCAAAAAUCGACUUAAUUGUGGGCCUGGACUCCCGGGGGUUCCUCAUCGGGACCCCGCUGGCGCAGAGGUUGGGCAUCGGCUUCGUGCCCGUGCGGAAAAAGGGGAAACUGCCCGGUGCCACUGAAUGCAUCUCCUACAGCCUGGAAUACGGCAAGGCUGAGCUGGAAGUCCAGAGCGAUGCUGUGGAGCCAGGACAGAAAGUGGUGAUUGUGGAUGACCUGCUGGCAACUGGAGGUACCAUGCGUGCUGCCUGCGAGCUGCUCAAGAGGCUGAAGGCUGAGAUCCUGGAGUGCCUGGUGAUCAUAGAGCUGAAAGCCCUGAAAGGGUCAGAAAAGCUCAAUUCCAUCCCUUUCUACUCCCUGCUGCAGUACGACUGAGGAGCAGCAGGGAGGAGGGAGCACUGGGAACAAGUCUGGGGCUGUUUGUAGUGACUCUGGCUGUCACAUGGGGGUGGGGAGGGGGUUAAACACAGGUCUUGAGCAUGGCCAGAUGCUCUUCAAUCCUAAAUUUCCCAAGCACUGUGUUGAGUGUAAUGAUCCCUUUUGGAGUUCAUCCUUUUAGGAAGAAGGAACAAGCAGAUUGACUGGGGGGGAUGGAGACCAAGAUGCAGCUUCUCUGAAUCUGUGGGUUUUAGGAGACCAAAGUGACAAUAUUGCUGCUGAGGCAGGAGAGCUCUGACAGGGCACCAGCAUUCCCUGGGCUGGGCUGUCAGCCUCCAAGGAACCUGCUAAAAAAUUCCCAAAGAAACACAGGAGAUGGGCAAAAAGCAAUUAUUUCUGUAAAGGACAAAUCCUACUGUAUUUGACCUCAGGAUAGGCUGGCUGCUCUGUGCUGUCACUCACACCAGAACAAGCUGCUCUUACACCAGGGCUGUGCUUGUUGAGGAGAAUGAGGUGCCUGCUGUGUUCUUAAAUCAGGAUGGUCCUGCUGUGGGGUGAGCCCAGUCAAUGUUUUCCUUCCCUGGAGGCCACAGGCACCUUUUGUUCAGCACAAUUCCCCAUCUCCUGCACCACAUCCCCCUCCUGUGCUGCUGCUUCCCCUCUGCUGGGCUGCUCUGGGCCGUCAGAGCCUGCCCUGGUGGGAGUUUGGUGCCAGGUGAGGCCACAGCAGAGGUGUUGCAGGGGUCUCAGGUGUGUGAGGGGGCUUUGGAGAUGCUUCCUCCAGCACGGUUCAGUUUGCUCACAGCUAAAUCCCUGUGUGCCAAAACUUCCACAAGCCUGAAACCAUCAGGGACUGUGUCCCUGGCCCAGCAGGGGCUGGACUCACAGGUAAAAUAAAUACUGAUGUAUUUUUAUAUUUCCUAA